AUGAUGGGUGAUAUCGAAAAGGUCAGCGCUGUGGUGUCUCGUCACACGUCAGACGAGGCCAAUGGAGAGGUUCUUAAGACGACUAUUCCUAUCGAACAAGGCGAGGAGUAUGCCGUCGCCGGUGCUCGUCAGGUAGCACCCUGUGGACAACUUCGCCGGACGUUUGGCACUCGGCAUAUGCAGAUGAUUGCGCUGGGUGCCAACAUUGGAUCGGGAAUCUACAUCUCCAGUGGAAAGGCCCUGCGUUAUGGCUCUGCUUCAGGCAUGCUCAUCGGCUAUGGGCUUAUCUGUAUCAUGGCCUUGUUCAUGAUGAACAUCCUAGCCGAGGCGCAAUGCCUCUUCCCCACGAGUGGCUCCUUCAUCGACCACGCCACGCGCUUCGUGGACCCUGCCCUGGGUUUCGCCAUCGGAUUCUGCGAAUGGUUUGGGGCCUUGACCGUUGUCGCCGCCGAGGGUGCUGUAUUUCCUGUGGUGGCCUCUUACUGGACGUCCGAGGUGCCUGAUGCCGCAUGGUACACCAUCUACCUGGUCGUUGUCCUGGGGCAGCACGCCCUGCCAAACUGGGUAUUUGCCGAGUUCGAGUUCUUCACGGGAGCCAUGAAGGUUACCAUCACGUUUGUUGUCCUCUUCGUCAUGCUCAUCAUCUGCUGCGGAUUUGGAGGCGAUGCCGUUGACCGAGGUUACAACUACGAUUCCUUGGUGGCCUUCCCCAACGGAUUCAAGGGGGUUGCCAUUGUCUUCAUCCUGGCCGCCUGGGCUACGGGAGGCCAGGAGAUCAUCGGCAUAUCGUCAGGCGAGUCUGCCUUUCCGCGCUGGGAGCUCCCCCGGGCUUGCAGGAACCUCUUUAUCCGCAUCAUCACUAUCUAUAUUUCCGCAUGUGUUUACAUCACCGUUCUCGUCCCUCACAUGGAUCCAGCUCUCCUUGCUGACGGGAACCAGCUCGUACGUUCUCCGUUCAUCAUUGCAUUCAACAGGGUCGGGAUCAGUGUGCUGCCCGACAUUGUCAACGUACUCCUGCUCGUUGGCCUGACCGGCAUCGGGUCGGAGUCCAUGUUCACGGCAUCUCGCAUCCAGACGGCCAUGGGCCGCAUGGGCAUGUUCCCUGCAAUCUUUGGCAAGGUGGACAGGUUGGGCCGCCCCGUCUACUCCAACAUCUGUUGCGCGGUAGUGAGCAUCAUCAUGACUUACAUCAACACCUCCACCGGUGGCGCCACGGCUUUCACAUGGUUCAGCUCAGUCUCGGCCACGACGACAUUCUUUGCAUGGCUCACCAUCCCCAUCACCAACUGGUGCAUGCAUCGCGCUCUCGAGGCCCAGAACGAUCCCGCCCUACAGUUGCCCCACGCCUUCCGGCUUCGCUGGUUUCCUCUUGCACCUGCUUUUCUGUUCCUCGCUACGCUCUUCACCUUCGCCUGCACCAUCUAUACUUCUGCCAGCCCGAUUGGCAGCCCGCCGAGUGCCGAAGCAUUCUUUGAGACGAUGCUCUGUAUGCCACUGUUCUUCACGGCCUUUAUCGGAUAUAAAUUUUACUUCCGUACAAGGUUCCAGAACCCAAAGAUGGCUGACCUCUUGAGUGGACGACGCUAUCUAACGGAGGAGGAACUUUCUGCCUUGGAUGACUACCAUUCUAAGCCUCUCUGGCGAAGGAUUCUCACGUAUCUCACGCUCUAG